AUGUCGCAAGCAUCACUAUUUCCAGGCUACUCUCAGGUUGAAGCGUUCGGUGACGAUGACGAAUAUAUACGCGACGAAAACGGUGACAUCGUGGAAGAAGUCGAAUAUGUCACGCUAGAUAUCGGAAAUGUGCAGCCCGAGCUCUUAAACUCUAGCGAAACAUAUCGUCUCAUAGGACUGGACACACCUACGCCGUACCUCCAGCUCUCCGGGACUAUCUUCCGAGGCGAACACCAUAAUCUCCUGGGCACUGAGCUACUAUUCGCAGAAGAUAAAGAUGAAGCCGACCCUACCAAGAAGCACGCUGCGCAUCUGGCCAACUCAGAGCGACGAAUACGAUUCAGAGAGGUCGAGCUCUUGGACAAGAAUCGAAAGAAGCCGGUAUCCAAGAAGGAGCUCGACGCCGACGACGACGGAGACGACGGGCCGGUCUCCAAGCGAGGAGGGCGUGGAAGAGGAAGGGGAAGAGGCAGGGGAGGGAAGUCAAGGGGCGCCGCGAAAGACGUCGCUGGACAAGAUCCGCCCCCUACCACUGAGUCCCCCUCUAAAGCUGGGCCGUCCGGUACACAGGAUGUCUCUAUGGAUUUGACAUGA